AUGUUUUUUUAAGUAAUUAGUGAGUAGUCUAUAAAAAUGAAUUCUGAUAGCAACACGUUAAAAAAAUCAAAAGCUUUUAUUCAUGAAGAAAUAGAGUUACUCCAAGAUUUGGUUUUAAAAUACCAAGAAGUUUUAUUGAAAAAAAAAAGUGAUUCUUAUACAGUAGCUACAAAGCAAAAAAUAUGGAAGAAAAUCGAAGUGGAAUUUAAUGCUCAAGCACUGUUUACAAAUCGUACAGCUGAUCAAUUAAAGAAAAGGUGGGACAAUAUGUUGCAACACCGAAAGAAAAUGUUAACGGAAGAGAAACAAGAGAGAAGGAAAACUGGAGGAGGCACUACAAAAGUUAUUACCGAACAAUCUGAAAUUGAUAUUUUAUUAGAUAAAAAUAUUGAUAUUGCGCUUGAGUCGGUCCCAGAUUCUGAUAGUUUUCCUAUACACAUGACAUCACCAGAACUUUUUUAUAAUGAAAAUAAUGAAGUGACAAAUACAGUAGAUAAUAAUUUCAUAGGUAUUAUAAAUUAUUAUUAUUAUUAGGUGCAUUAGAUUCACUAGUAUCCGCUAGUAUCAAAUAAUUAUUAAAAUAAUUUUUAGAUGAAACUAUUGAAGAAAAAGAAACAACUAUUGAGGCAUUCACAUUCAAAUCAAAGCCAAAGCAAACAAAACAAUUUAAAAAAUCAGGGUAGUAGAGAAUUUUAAUUAAAUUAUGUUUCAUUUCAUAUCAAACUUAUAAGAGUAUUACAUUAAUGUAUAAAAAAAUCUUGUUGAAAAAAAAGUAGUCAAUUUAAUAAAAACCCAAGUAGGUACAACAAUUUACUUAUGAAAUAAUGAUCUCUAUUGGUUUAGAUGAUUUUUCAAUUAAAAAAGUCAGUUAUCUGGAGUCAGAAUCUGCACUGCGAAUAAAGAGAUUAAAUAAUUUAAUAAAACAAGAGACUGAGUUAUUUGAGUUAGAAAAAAAAGAAAAACAUCUU